UUUUUCUAAUAACAGAGUGGAGAGAGGGUGAUAGUCACAGAGCUAAACAACUUGAUAGGAAAGCAGCCAGUGAGUUAAAGAAGCAAAUGAUGGGGUUAAGGUAAAGGGAAAGAGAAGAGGAAGAGGUGAUCAUCCUGAUAUGACUGCAAACUAGACUCACAGCUGACGUAGGAGGAGAGCAGGAGAGAAAACUGGGUCAACGAGAGAGGAGAGAGGGGGAGAAGCAUGUGUUAGAGGAGAAGAGGCACACUGGGAGAGGGGAGAGACAGACAUGGAGAGAAAUCCUCAGCAGCCCAUGAACUACAGUAACAAGUGGCCACUUGAGUAAUCACUGGUGAUUCAGAAAGAAAUACGCAUUCACAAUAAUGGCAAGCCUCCCCAAAGAACCACUUGAGGAUGCAGGGAAACUAAGUUUUUGGAUGCCAAGGAGCUAUGUACGUACAGUGCAUCGAACUGAAAGAUCCUUCCAGGCCUGCAAUGAUAUCAUGGCCUGCUUCAUGGAGAGAGCAAAAGUAGAGAAACAGUAUGCUCAGCAGCUCAACCAAUGGAGCAACAAGUGGAAGUCUAUAGUCGAUUCUAGGCCACUUUAUGGCUCCCUUAUGAGGGCCUGGCAGUGUUUCUUCGCUUCUACCGAACGCUUGUCCGCCCUCCAUUCCUCCAUAUCCCAGUCGCUUGCUGCUGAGGAAGGAGAGCGGGUGAAGACAUGGCAGAAGGAAACCUUCCCCAAGAAACUCUUCUGUGGGUUCAGGGAGAGCUACGACAACAAAAGAAGUUUUUCACGUGCUCAGAAACCCUGGUCCAAAAAGCUGCAGAAGCUGGAGAAGGUUCGAGUUGCAUACCACAAGUCAUGUCAGAGGGAGCAAACGGCCCUGGACAAAGAGAAGCAAGCGAACGAAAACUCCGAGAUGAGCGAAGUGAAAAAGCAGAAGAUCUCCGAGGCCAGAGAAAAGGCCACAGAAGAGAAGGAAAAGUGUAGAGAUCAGUAUGAGAAAAUCCUGGAGGAUGUGACAUCUUACACGCCUCGCUAUAUGGAGGAGAUGGAGGCCAUCUUUGAACAGUCGCAGGAGGAGGAGAGGAAGAGGAUCAGCUUUCUGAAGCAAGUCUUUCUUUCCAUACACAGACAUCUAGACAUCACCAACAAUGAGAGUGUGAAAGCAGUUUACAGUGAGCUCCACCAGACUCUGAUGAGCAUUGAUGAGCAAGAUGAUCUCAAAUGGUGGAAGAACAAUCAUGGUCCUGGCAUGCCCACAGACUGGCCAAAGAUUGAGGAAUGGGCCCCUCCACUGAAAAAGCUGAAGAGAAAGAAGAGGGAUCAGAAACGCAAAGAGGGUCGACCUGUGAUGAUUGGGGGUGUGAAGGUGAGAGCUCUGUAUGACUACGUGGGAGAGGAGGGUGAUGAGCUGUCCUUUAAAGCAGGGGAAGUCUUCCUGAAGGUUGAGGAGGAAGACGACCAAGGCUGGUGUCGAGGGGUUCUGAGCGGAGGGAAGGAGGGCUUUUACCCGGCCAAUUAUGUUGAAGUUGCUGAGUGACAUCACAUGGUCCAACACAUUGUGUCAUGAUUUUUUUUUCUUAUAGAGUUGGGUUUUUUUUAUUGUUCUGAAAAUAACAGGAUUAUUGUCACUUAAUGUCUAAAAUGUUUGUCACACUGACUCUAAGUUUAUAUUAAAUGUUACCUGCAGCCAAUUUUUUUUAAUGUAAAACUUUUAGGCCUUAAUAUUCUAACUUACUUUGAGUACUUCUGCAAUAACUUUUCAAAAACGUACUAUAUUUGUUGAAUGUGUAUAUGUUUGAGUGUGUGUUUGCAUGACUGUGUGCACCUUUUUAAAAAAAGAGAGAGAAAAAGGUAAGAUAUUUAUUUACUGCCACCAUGUCUGAGUCAUUGGGUCAAUGCAAUAAAGCUGAUAAGAACCGGGUUUACGUAAGCAAAGUUUUACAAUGCAAAGGUAAUGUUUACUUCAUCGGGAUUACGUAAAAGUACACAGAAUCUCCUUGAGAGAAUGGAAAAUUAAAAAAAAAUAUAUAUAUAUAUAUAUUUUUUGGUUGCUAUUUUCCUUUAAUCAUAGUGCUGCACAUUUUCAGUGUUAAUGUUUAACCAAUAAUGUAUUUAGCUUCUUGGAUGUUUGAGCUUCACAGUUCAUAAUGAUGAAUGUAUGUGCAGGUUUUCAUGCUUGAAGGAUUUUUGAACAUUAAACAGUGGGAAACCUGAAACCUUUUUCAAACAAA